AGUUCUUUACUACGCAAAACAUUUCGCGGGGUUGGCGCCGGUUGCUGAAGAUGUCGUGGGUAGAAGUGUUUGACCUAUAGCUUAGCAGUUCCAGAAAUUGGCAUAGAGUCCUGCUAUUGAGCAACAUUGGAGUGAAUAUUGCGGCGGGUGUUGUGUGGCUAUAUUUCAAUUUAUACGCGCAAUCGACAGCGAACAAGUAUAUUUGUCGUUUUUGACAUAACGUUAGCUAGCUAGUAAAAUUAGCUAUGCCUCCAACUGGCUCUGAUCCCGGACGGGAUGAAAUUAAAUCCCGGAUCCAGGGGCUCAUCGAUUCGAGCGAAGUGCUGGUCUUCAGCAAAAGCUACUGCCCUUAUUGCGUUAAGGUGAAGGAUCUCUUCAAACAGCUCAACGUUAAGUGCAAUGUGCUGGAGCUGGAUUUAAUGGAUGAUGGCUCGCACUACCAGGACACACUGUUGGAGAUGACCGGGCAGAAAACCGUCCCCAACGUCUUCAUCAACAAGACCCACGUCGGCGGGUGUGACAAAACCCUGCAGGCCCACCAGGACGGCCUCCUGAAGCAGCUGCUGGACGGCGAGUCCUACGACUUCGACCUCAUCGUGAUCGGGGGCGGCUCGGGGGGCCUGGCCUGCUCUAAGGAAGCGGCGUUGCUGGGGAAGAAGGUGAUGGUGCUGGACUUUGUGGUGCCCACGCCCAGAGGAACCACCUGGGGUCUGGGGGGCACGUGCGUCAACGUGGGCUGCAUCCCCAAGAAGCUCAUGCACCAGACCGCCCUGCUGGGAACGGCUCUGCAAGACGCCCGCAAUUUCGGCUGGCAGUUCGAGGAGACUGUGAAGCACAAUUGGGAGACGAUGAAGACGGGCGUGAACAACUACAUCGGCUCCCUCAACUGGGGGUACAGGGUCCAGCUCCGCGAGAAGAGCGUCAACUACGUCAACUCCUUCGCCGAGUUCGUCUCGCCGCACAAGAUAAAGGCAACAAACAGGCGAGGCAAGGAGACUUUUCAUACGGCAGCCAAAUUCGUUCUGGCAACAGGAGAGCGGCCACGCUACCUGGGCAUCCCUGGGGAUCGAGAACUGUGCAUCACCAGCGAUGACCUGUUCUCCCUGCCCUACUGCCCCGGUAAGACCCUGGUGAUCGGGGCGUCCUACGUGGCGCUGGAGUGCGCCGGCUUCCUGGCGGGGCUGGGCCUCGACGUCACGGUCAUGGUGCGGUCCAUCCUGCUCCGCGGCUUCGACCAGGACAUGGCCAACCGUGCCGGGGAGCACAUGGAGGACCACGGGGUCAAGUUCCUCAGGAAAUUCGUCCCCACCAGCGUGGAGGAGCUGGAGAAGGGCACGCCCGGGCGGUUGAAGGUGACGGCCAAGUCUACGGAGACGGACGAGGUCUUCGAGGGCGAGUACAACACGGUCCUGAUCGCCGUGGGCCGGGACGCCUGCACGGGGACCAUCGGCCUGGACAAAGCAGGAGUCAUUGUAAACAAGAAGAACGGGAAGAUCCCCGUGAACGAUGAGGAGCAGACCAACGUGCCGCACGUGUACGCCAUCGGGGACAUCCUGGAGGGGAAGUGGGAGCUGACGCCGGUGGCCAUCCAGGCCGGGAAGCUCCUGGCCCGCAGGCUGUUUGGAGGAGCCACGCUGAAGUGUGACUACGUGAACGUGCCCACCACCGUGUUCACUCCACUGGAGUACGGCUGCUGCGGGCUGUCUGAGGACAAGGCUCUGGAGGUGUACGGCCCGGAGAACAUCGAGGUGUUCCACAGCUUGUUCUGGCCUCUGGAGUUCACUGUCCCCGGCAGGGACAACAACAAGUGCUACGCCAAGAUCAUCUGUAACAAACAAGACAACGACCGUGUGGUGGGGUUCCACUACCUGGGCCCCAACGCGGGUGAGGUAACGCAGGGCUACGGGGCGGCCAUGAAGUGCGGCAUGACCAAGGAUCAGCUGAGCAACACCAUCGGCAUCCACCCCACCUGCGCUGAGAUCUACACCACGAUGGAGGUGACGAAGAGUUCGGGCGGAGACAUCGCCGCGGCGGGCUGCUGAGGUUAAACCCUGCUGUUUUAACGGGCUGUCCUGUCCUGUGUAGAUCCACUGCCCCCCUCUCUCUCCCAUCCGACCCCCUUCCGAGUCUGCGCUCAGAAUGACUGAUUCUCAGGUAAAUCAAAGACGUACAAAACCAUCCCGUAGAGGAAAAGGUCACAUUAACAACUUCCCUCCAUAUAUGGAACUUGAGCGUAAGGAGCGUACAUGCACUUUUGGGGCCCGGUUACAGAGAGAGAGAGAGACCGGGGGCGGCAGUGUUCAGGACAGCCCGUUAAACGGCGGGGUUACUCAGCCGAACUCUGCCCUCGACCCGCUCAGGAACGCGCCGUUCCCGGUGCCGUUUGACGUCCUGGCUCGUAACCGUAGCAAUGCGGUGGGCCAGGACCGAUGUCCCCCUGAGCGGACCUCAGGGCAGAAACCACUUCGUCCAACCCCCAAUUCCCCCACCCCCUAUUCCCACCCCCAUUACGAGACAGCGCUGUGGUGUUGACCAGGGUUAGAUUCGGUGUCGGCCGUGCUCAGAAUACUCACCGGCGGCUAGGCUAGCCCUGCUUUUGCUAGAGGCGGAAGUGCAGCAUUUGUUUCUUUGUUCUUUUAUUAUUUCUUAUUUUAUUUUAAGGGGUUUACAGUUUAAUUUAGUCAAGACCUGAUUUGCCAUGAGUUCACAUUCCAGGCAUACGUCUGUGUCGCUUUGUUAUUGUACGCACAAGUAAUUUAAUUAAGAUUUCACAUGUAGCAAAAGUUUAUGUUUCGAAUAAUUCCCGGUAUGUUAUCAACCUCGACUUAUGUAAGCACUUCCCCCCCCCCCCCCCCCCCCGCCACCUUCUACCAAAGUGAGAAUAGAAACCCACAGGAAUUAUGUGUCGUGUGUUAAACCCUACUCAUCAUACAGCUGCAAAGAAUCGCAUUCUUCGAGAAGUCAAGAACUCAUUAUUUUAACUUUGUGUACAAAUAUACCUGCCUUAUGCUACUUUCCCAAUGUAUCAUCAUUAAAGGCUGGAUCUGUCAAAAUAUUGAGAAAUUGUAUGAAUGUGCCUUUUUAAAGCAUUUUCAUUAAAAGAAAAACAUAAUGCUUAUUUGUAUGGACCUGGUUUACUGUUGCUGUUUAUCUUCUUUUAGGUUACGCAUAGAGUAUGUUAUGUGUACCUGUUAUUAUAGAAUUGUAAAGAUGGUGUUUCAAAGUAAAUUCGCACUGUGUUCUCAGCAGUGAGCCAGUCCGAUGUACAGAUACCAUUUUCCUGGCUGCAUUGUUUCGAGAGCAAUUAUAUUACUGAAAUAAAUAAGCAAAUUAAAAAAAAUGUUGUUU